UGCUAUCUCCAGAAAGACUCAAAGCAAUAUUUUGCUACAGUACAGUACUUCAGCAUGGCGGCUUCUGUAUCCAUGAUGGUCUUUAUAGUUACUCACUUUAUAACAUCUUUUGCAGAGAAGCAAGAUCUCUCGGGACAAAUGUUCACCUUCCCUGUGGAGUCUGAUACAGCUCAUGUGAUCUUGGUUCCCAACCAGAGCAAGAGCCUGACUGCAGUGACCGUGUGUCUGCGCUUCUUCUCAGACCUAACAAGAGCUCAGAGUCUCUUCUCUUUCGCCACCCCCACCAAUGAAAAUGCUUUCCUCCUUUUCAAAGGGGUGAACAAUGUGUAUGAAGUAGAUCAAGGUGGUGAAAACGUUGUGCUCUUUUGGGGGUUAGAGGACAAGCGCAACGAGUGGAAUUCUGUCUGUGUUACUUGGAAUUCCCAAACUGGUAUCGCCCAGGUUUGGGUCAAUGGGAAGGGAAGCACGAGAAAAGGGCUUCGUCGCGGUGGUGACAUCUCUGGAAUGCCCAGUAUUAUCCUGGGUCAAGAUCAGGACAGUUACGGGGGGAAAUUUGACAAAGGACAGUCUUUUGUGGGAAUGAUUACAGAUGUGCACAUGUGGGAUUCAGUUCUUCCUUAUCCUGAGAUUGCUUUAUACAUGAACCGCAUUCAACAGAAGACUGAUGGCCAUGUGAUCAACUGGAGGUCACUAGACUUCACCACUAAGGGGUAUGUGAUUGUAGAGGAACAGGUGAACUAGAUGCCUGCUUUUUCACAGUAAGCCUGAACCACGAUGCAUUCAAUUAACCUAAUCUCGGAAGUUCGAGGCAAACAGAAUUGUAAUCUCUUUUUUGCAAUGUUGUAAUCUGCAUCUUAUAGAUAUUUUAGUAUGGAAUCGAAAACAGGAUAUCAUACUGUCAUGUCUGCGUGGACCCCGUUCCAUUUUCACAAAUAGAGCAUAAUGUCUGCAUUGACAACACAGAACCCUCUAAAAGUGGAGUGAUGGACCUGUCAUUGACCAAUAUCCUGAGCUGUAAAACGUCUUUAAAAAAUAUCCAGGCCUGUAUUUGUAAUAUAUUUCAAUAAAAACAUCGGUGGUGGUGUUAAUAAUCAACUGAAAAUAAAGUGGAAAAUCUA